AUGUCUUUACGCUGGUUUCGACCAAAAAUUAUAUCUGUUUUCUUUGGCACUGUCCCUUCCUUCCUUCCUUCCUUCCUUCCUUCCUUCCUUCCUCUCACCCUUCCUUCCUCUCCCCCUCCCUCCUUUCAUUCCUUCCUUCUUUCCUUCCUUCCUUUCUCUCUCCCUUCCUUCUUUCCUUCGUACCUCCCUCUCUCCUUCCUUCCUUCCUCUCUCUCCUUCCUUCCUCCUUUCCUUUCUUUCUUUCUUUCUAUCUUUCUUUCUUUCUUUCUUUCUUUCUUUCUUUCUUUCUCCUCCCUUCCUUACAUCUUGUCUCCCUCCCUCUCUUCCUUCAUUCCUUUCUUCAUUCAUUCCUCCCUCUCUCCCUUCCUUCUUUUCUCCCUCCCUCUCUUCCUUCCUUCCUUCCUUCCUCUUUUCAUUCCUUCCUUCCUUCUUUCCACCAUUCCUUCCUUCUCCCCUCUCUCCUUUCUUCCUUCCUAUCUCACUCUCUUCCUCCUCCCUCCUUUCCUUCCUUCCUUCCUCUCUCCCUCCCUCCUUUCAUUCGUUCCUUCCUUCUUUCCUCCAUUCCUUCAUUCUUCCCUCUCUCCUUUCUUCCUUCCUUCCUCCCUCUCUCUCUUCCUCCUCCCUCCUUCCUUUCUUUCUUCCUUCCUUCCUUCCUUCCUCUCUCUCUCCCUCCUUUCAUUCCUUCCUUCCAUCCUUCUUUCCACCAUUCCUUCCUUCUUCCCUCUCUCCUUUCUUCCUCCCUCCCUCUCUCUCUCUUCCUCCUCCCUCCAUUUCUUCUUUCCUCCAUUCCUUCCUUCCUUGCAUGCAGACCCCAUCCGUCCCUCUCAAUAA